AUGCUCAUCAAAGUGGACAGAGACACGACUAUACCACGUAUCAAUCCCUACUUGACAGGCAUGUUGCUCAACACCAAUCAAAGCUAUCGUGUCCAUGUAGACGAACAAUUAAAUAUUGUAUGGGACAAGGAUGCCAUGACAACUUAUCUCAUGACCAACAGUAUCUGUAAAUACACCAGAACCCGGUACCCUCAAACAGAGCAAACUGUCAGCCGUCUCGGUUUGCUCAGCAAACUGACCAUGGCCAUACACAUUGUACAAAACAAUCGUGCGAAAUUUCCCAAGAAACAAUGGAUAAAAAUCAUGAAACAAGCAGAGAGUUUGGAGAUGGCAAUUGAUAAGCUAGGCAAGAUGGCACUGCCCUAUUGGAAGGUACACCAGCAAUGGGCAGAGGAGAUGAGAAGAGCCGUGUUGAUGAUAACACUUUUGGCCUUCCAGAUGGGUGUCAACAAAUACAUUCACCCACCUUUGGUUGACCUCAUCAAGAUGCAGAUCAUGGAUCAAAUGGAAUUUAUAGAAUUUGACAAUGUCGAGGAUUUCGAUACAAAAUACAAUCAUGUUUGGAAAAGAAUCCAACCACUCUGUGUAGGUGAAUGUGCUGGUCUUCAACAAUUUGCUUUUUACACUAAAUUCCAAGAUUAA